AUGGAUCACAAGAAGAAGAAGCAGCUGAAGCAAUGGUGCUGGUAUUAUAAUAGAAGUUUUGGUGAUGAGAAGAUCCUUAUACAGCAGCAAAAAGCAAAACAUUUUAAAUACCAUAUAUAUCAUAAGAAAUUGUACACAGGACCUGGCUUGGCUAUACAUUGCAUGCAGGUGCAUAAAGAUACAAUAGACACUGUACCAAAUGCAAUACCCGGGAGAACAGAAACAGAGUUGGAAAUAUAUGGUAUGGAAGGUAUCCCAGAAAAAGACAUGGAUGGAAGAGGACAACUUCUUAAACAUAAAACACAGGAAAGUCAGAAAAAUAAGCAACAAGAUGAUUCUGAUGGAUAUGAUGAUGAUGAUGACUCUGCGGCUUCAACUUCAUUUCAGCCGCAGCCUGUACAACCCCAACAAGGUAAUAUCCCCCCAGUGGCACAGCCAGGACUACCACUGGUGCCGGGAGCAUCAGGAAUGCCUCCAGGCAUACCUCCAUUAUGCCAGUUUCCUCCUCUGAUGUCAGGGAUGCCACCAAUUAUGCCAGGCAUGCCACCUGGAAUGAUGCCAAUGGGUGGAAUAAUGGCACCUGGACCAGGAAUAUCACCUCUGAUGCCUGGAAUACCACCAAGUAUGCCCCCUCCUGUUCCAUCUCCUGGAAUUCCUCCAAUACAAGCACAGGCUGUUUCAGCACUGGGUAUUCUUAACAGACCGCCUGCACCAGCAGCAGCAGUUCCUGCUCCACAGCCUCCAGUUACUAAACCUCUUUUUCCCAGCACCGGUCAGGCUCAGGAAGCUGUUCAAGGACCUGUUGGUACAGAUUUCAAUCCCUUAGAUAAUACCCCUGCAACAACUACUGAACCCCAGAAGCCUACAUUUCCUGCUUAUACACAGCCUACAGCUUCAACCACUAGUACAACGAAUAGCACUGCCCCUAAACCAGCGGCUUCAAUAACAAGUAAGCCUGAUACUCUUACAACAACCAGUGCAACCAGUAAGUUGAUCCAUCCUAAUGAGGAUAUAUCACUGGAGGAGAGAAGGGCACAGUUACCUAAAUAUCAAUGUAAUCUUCCUCAUCCAGGACAGGCUCCCAUUGGUAAUCCAUCAGUUGAGCCAAUUGAAGGUAUGCCACCACAGCCAGGCAUCCCACAGCAACAAGGAAUGAGAGCCCCAAUGCCGCCUCAUGGUCAGUAUGGUGGUCAUCAUCAAGGCAUGCCAGGUUACCUUCCUAGCACUAUGCCACAAUAUGGGCAGGGACCGCCAAUGGUGCCCCCUUACAAAGGUGGGCCUCCUUGGCCUCUGAUGGCAAUGAGACCUCCUGUAAUGUUGCAAGGUGGCUGUUACUGA